ACUCUGCGAGCUGGAUGGAGAGCCAGAGGCAGGAGCCGCAGCCUCAGAGCUGGAGGAGAUCUAGACUGGCGAGUGAUCUGAGCGUAGCGCCGCAGCUGUACAUAGCGCUGUACACACCUGUUCCCCCUGUACUGCCAUCCCCGGCUCUGCCCUGAAAACUUUCCUCCCCGCCUCAAUGACAUGAUUCUCUUCUCCGGGAUUCAUGCUGAUCUAUGCAGUCUGCUGUUAUAAAGCCAAAACAGCGCAUGUCUUCCUGGAGUCAGGAUCCAUACAUUCUGACGUAGCCUGUACAUCCUAAAAAAACCAAGCCAUCCUCCGGGCUGCCACCACCGCCCCGGUGGGCUACUCACCUUGGCCAUUGCUUUUUUUUAAUUUAUUUUUUUGUGUGAAGUUGACAUGAGCCCUGGUGAUCUCCCACCCAAUGGAGAAACUCCGGAUUGUGCCCCUGGCUGCCCUUGGAUGGGCUGAUGAAGAGCUGCCUGCCUGCUGAGAUGUCAGUGGGUGAGCUGGAGCUUCUCUAGACUCAUCAGAGCUUUGACCUUGAACCUCCAAAGCUAUCGAGCCACCUUUAUUAGUUUUUAUUGAUGCACUCCAUGGAUUGAAGAUCGAGUCAUCACCACCAUCAUCAUCAUCACCACCAUCAUCAUCAUCCUCCCCCUUCAGUGAGGAGAGGGUAUAUAUACCUUGACCUGCCCAGCUUCCUCCACCAUCCUGAUGGCUCCCUUGGCUGAAGUUGGGAACUAUUUCGGUGUCCAGGAUGCUGUGUCUUUUGGGAAUGUGCCCGUGUUGCCUGUGGAUAACCCUGUCCUGUUAAGUGACCACCUGAGCCAGUCGGAGGCUGGGGGGCUACCCAGGGGGUCUGCGGUCACUGACUUGGAACACUUAAAGGGGAUCCUCAGAAGGAGGCAGUUGUACUGCAGGACUGGAUACCAUUUAGAGAUCUUUCCUAAUGGCACUAUCCAGGGGACGAGGCAAGACCACAACAGAUUUGGAAUUCUGGAAUUUAUUAGUAUAGCAGUGGGUCUGGUCAGCAUUCGAGGUGUCGACAGUGGACUCUACCUAGGGAUGAAUGAGAAAGGGGAACUGUAUGGGUCGGAGAAAUUGACUCAGGAGUGUGUUUUUCGAGAACAAUUUGAAGAAAACUGGUACAACACGUAUUCAUCGAACCUCUAUAAACACGCAGACACUGGACGACGAUACUAUGUAGCAUUGAAUAAAGAUGGGACUCCAAGAGAAGGCAAUAGGACUAAACGGCACCAGAAAUUUACACAUUUUUUACCUAGACCGGUGGACCCAGAAAAAGUACCUGAACUUUAUAGAGAUAUUUUAAGCCAAAGUUGACAAAGACAGUUCUUUCACUCGAGCCCUUAAAAAAAAAAAAGAAAAAAAAAAAAGUAACCACUAUAUUAAAUCAAAUGGUUUCUCUGGUGGGUUUCUAUUGGUUAGCUGGGUCAUCACAUCAGCUGCACUGUUGCCAAACUUUGUCGCAUGCAUUAUGUAUGAUGGAGGCUUGGAUGGAACAUGCUGAUUCUGUUCUGCACUUAACGGAUUGUCCUCCUGGAGGAAAGGCUGUGCCCACUCGUGCUUGAUUUAUUACAAGGCAAAGAGCAAAAUAUUAUUAUACAUAUAUAUAGAAGCAAAGGCAAAGAGGAAUGAGGCCUGAUGCAUGCUGGGAAAUAGACAUGCUUUUAAAUUUUUGAUAACCCUUUAAUUCAUCAUAUAUCAGCGUAGCUGCCAUACUUCGGUUCAUCAGGAUUUUUGGCUGAAGGCCUGCUCAAGUUGUACUCUUCAUUUAUUAAGGCAUGGAUGGGUGCAGUCUUACUUAAAAAUGACUUUCAGUUAAUUGCUCAUUGGUGCGCCAUCUCACUGAGCAUAAAUCAAAGACCUCUCCGUAAAGAAAAGGAAGAAAAAAAAAGAAACAAAAGGUUGAAAAAAAAAAUACACUACAAAAAACUUAAAUUUAUUUAUAGAAAUUCCAAAGGCAACAUUAUAUUUAUUUUAUAUAUUUAUUUAUUAUAUAGAGUUUAUUUUUAAUGAAAUAUGUACAGGCCACAUAGGCAUUUUCGAAGCUUUCGGCUCUGUAUGCAUUACCUGUUAAAGGCCAUUAUGAACCUGUGGUAAAUUCAUGCAAGUUUAUUAAGGUGCAUGGAUUAUAAGUAUGAAAAAAAAAUUUGAAAAAAAGUAUGGCCCCCAAGGUGACAAUCUAUUCUGUGCCCAUUUACUUUUUCAAAUCCCAGUAAAGAUGAUGAUUUUAUAGGACUUCAUAAAGUCAAAUCCACAUCCAGCUCUAAAUCAGUGGAAUAUCGAGGUAAACCAUACAAAAACAUGAGGCACCGCAAUGGGUCCGAUCCACUGCUUUGGCGCUGCACAAUAAACUCCUUAUGAGUCUUGCUGUUACUUUGUGGUUUAAGCCCCCAAAUAAAACUGUAAUGACUGCUAGAACUGUACAAAACCACUUUUUUUUCUUUUUAUUUUCUGUAUGGAACUCGCCUGUAAGACUGGAUAUUUUUUUUUUAUUGUUUUUUUCAGCAUGAAGUGGCUUGUAUUACUUUGCAGACCUACCUCAUCCUGAAAAAUGUAUAGCUCAUCAUACACUUUCGCAAACAAACUCGUAUUCUUAAUCAACCAAUUUUGACAAAUCCAGGCUUCCAAUUUUUAUGCUGCAAAAAAUAAAACUGUGUAGUAGCUUAUAAUGCUCCACCAUGGUCAGAUUUUCCCUGUUGAAAGGCACCUAAGGUUUAAUAUAUGCAUAUAUAAUCUGUUUAAUUUACAAUCUGUUCCAUAAAAUGAAAUGGUGUUUUUUUUGUAAAAAAGAAUUCAAAAGAGCACGAUAUAAACACAUUCUUGUCAUAGCUAAAUGCUCUGUGUGGUUAACAUAAAAAUGUAGGUGCCUUUUUCACAGCUGUAUACGAGGGAUAUGAGGACUAAUGGGUGUCAUAGAGCAGCUGCAGAUAGUCCCAUAUUCUGGUUUAAGAUUACAUAAUUUUUUUAUUUUUUUUUAAUGGUGAGAACAUAAAGGUGAAAAAACAGGUUCACAGGAUAACUCUUGUACGUAAAAUAUGUUCCUUUAUCUUUCAGAAAAUGCAGCCUUCUUAGGGGUCAAUGUAACAUCUGUGUAUGAAAAAUGCUUUCAGCGUAAACUGUCAUACUACACUAGCACCCUAAUUUUUUCAAAUAACUUGCAAAAUGAACCUAAUAAAUCUUUACGAAUAACGA